AUGUCACAACUUCCUUCUAGUUUUGAUGGUCUGGAAAAUGACGUGGAGGAAAUGCCCUUCAUGGAAAAGAUAGUGUUCCACUGUAAGCAGCAACCUUUGGUGCCUCUUGGUACAUUACUGACAUGUGGUGCUGUUGUGUUGGCAGCCCAAAACGUCAGGUCUGGUAACAAGAGAAAGGCUCAAAAGUAUUUCCGCUGGCGUGUAGGUUUGCAAGGAUUAACCUUAGUUGCGCUGGUUGCGGGAAGUUUCAUCUACGGAACAUCAUACAAAGAAAGGAAGGCCAGAGAGGAUCAACUUCGGGAAAAAGCCAAGCUCAGAGAACAACUUUGGAUCCAGGAAUUGGAGCGUAGAGACCAAGAAACGCAAAUGCGCAAAAAGAGAGCUGAGGCCGCACGUCUCAAGACCCAAGCAAUGGAAGCUGAGACUUCCAAGCUAGAACGUGAGCUAAAAGAUCUUGAGGCACAAUUGAAGAAAUAA